AUGGCGGACAUGCCCAUUGUCCUCGACGGAGGAACCGGCUUCCUCAAGGUCGGAUAUGCCGCGCAGAACUUCCCCGAGCACCAGUUCCCCUCAAUAGUGGGGCGGCCCAUACUGCGGACUGAGGAACAGGCUGGCGACAUUAUUGUCAAGGAUAUCAUGUGCGGAGAUGAAGCUGCCGCUGCCAGAUCAAUGCUUCAGAUCAGUUAUCCUAUGGAGAACGGAAUCGUGAAGAACUGGGAUGACAUGCAACACCUAUGGAAUUACACAUUUUAUGAGAAGAUGAACAUCGAUCCCACCGGUCGCAAAAUCCUCCUUACAGAACCCCCCAUGAACCCCCUAAAGAACCGCGAGAAGAUGGCCGAGGUCAUGCUGGAAGGCUACAACUUCGGAGGUGUAUACGUCGCUAUUCAAGCUGUGCUUGCGCUAUACGCCCAGGGUCUGAGCAGCGGUGUGGUCGUGGACUCCGGUGAUGGUGUUACGCACAUCAUUCCUGUUUAUGAAUCUACCGUUCUUAACCACCACAUCCGUCGAUUGGAUGUUGCGGGCCGUGAUGUCACCCGUAACCUGAUCGCCCUCCUCCUUCGCCGCGGUUACGCCUUGAACCGUACCGCCGAUUUCGAGACGGUGCGCCAGAUUAAGGAGAAGCUUUGCUAUGUUUCUUAUGACCUGGAGUUGGAUAAGAAGCUCUCAGAGGACACAACAGUCCUUGUAGAGUCCUACACUCUCCCCGACGGUCGCGUCAUCCGUGUGGGAAGUGAGCGCUUCGAAGCUCCCGAAUGUCUCUUCCAGCCUCACCUUGUGGAUGUGGAUCAACCCGGCAUCGCCGAAUUGCUCUUCAACACUAUCCAGGGUGCCGAUGUGGAUGUUCGUACUAGCUUGUACAAGGCUAUUGUGCUCAGUGGAGGAAGCAGCAUGUACCCGGGUCUGCCAUCGCGACUGGAGAAGGAGCUGAAGCAGCUGUGGCUCACACGUGUACUACACGGAGAUCCGGAGAGAUUGAACAAAUUCAAGGUGCGGAUUGAGGAUCCGCCACGACGGAGACACAUGGUCUUCUUGGGUGGUGCCGUCCUUGCCAACCUGAUUGCCGAUAAGGAGGAUAUGUGGGUCAGCAAACAAGAAUGGGAGGAACAGGGCGCUCGUGCCCUGGAAAAGCUUGGCCCAAGAUAA